AUGUUAAAUGAACAAUUUAAUUUAAAUCAUGUUAGAAGACAGAAAGAUAAUUUAUCAAAUGGUGACAAAUUUUUCGAUAUAUUAGGAAAAAUUAAUAAAUUUCUGGAUUAUACAUUGUCAAAACCAAUGGAGAUAUAUGAUGAUAUUGUGAAUAAUAUUUAUGAAUUAGUUACUAACAGUCCAGACAUGUGUGCAAUGUGUACGUGUAUAGUUAUAACAACAACAAUAUCUGUUACAAGUAUUGCUGUCGGUGUCGGCAUUGGUGUGGGCGUAGGAUGUGCACCAUAA